UUCAAGUGCACAAGCUGUCCGGCUAGCUUUGCGCGCAACCACGAUCUAAGACGGCAUGCCCGCAUUCACCUCGCGGUGAAGCCUUUUGCGUGCAACGACUGCGGUAAGCCGUUUAGCCGAAAAGACGCGCUUAAGAGACACAUCCUGGUAAAG